ACAGGAAGUUCCGCGCAGGCGCGCAUUGUUCUUCACAAUAAAGGACACGGCAGAAUUGUGCAGUCGAGACGACAACUUCUGUGUCCGUUUCAAAUAUAUUACUACUGACCGACUCAGAUAAAGUCUGAGGCCGGUAACAUCAACAGUGAAGACAAACCCAGCCUGCCACUCUCCUUCCACACUGUGUCCAAACCUACAGUCACUGGGUCCUGAUUGUGACAGUGGAGCCCAGUUUGCACUGCAGGAUCCAGAGAUGGCAUCAGUGAAGCUGGAAGACUGCAGUCAAACACUGGAGCUGAAUGUCAACAUUAAAGAUGAAGAAGAGGAGGAGAAGAUUGGGAAAUCUGUUUCUCAUGACUCAGGUAUGAGGUCGGUAACAUCAACAGUGAGGACAAACCCAGCCUGCCUCUCUCCUUCCACACUGAGUAGAAACCUACAGUCACUGGGUCCUGAUUGUGACAGUGGAGCCCAGUUUACACUGCAGGAUCCAGAGAUGGCAUCAGUGAAGCUGGAAGACUGCAGUCAAACACUGGAGCUGAAUGUCAACAUUAAAGAUGAAGAAGAGGAGGAGAAGAUUGGGACAUCUGUUAGUCAUGGACGACUAGAAUUAAGUCUGAGGCCGGUAACAUCAACAGUGAGGACAAACCCAGCCUGCCUCUCUCCUUCCACACUGAGUCCAAACCUACAUUCACUGGGUCCUGAUUGUGACAGUGAAGCCCAGUUUGCGCUGCAGGAUCCAGAGAUGGCAUCAGUGAAGCUGGAAGACUGCAGUCAAACACUGGAGCUGAAUGUCAACAUUAAAGAUGAAGAAGAGGAGGAGAAGAUUGGGAAAUCUGUUUCUCAUGGAGACCAUGUUAAGACAUUCUCUACAUCCAGAGAGCAUCAGCAGGAAGAUGACAGAGCUAAGAGGUCUCACCACUGCCCACAUUACUUGGCCCAAUGGAGACCUGUCCAGUGAUGCCAUCUCUAGAUCCUGCAGUGCAACAAGUCUCCACUGUCAAUCAGGACCCAGUGACUGUAGGUUUAGAAUCUGUUUGGAAGGCAGUGUGAAAGGAGAGAGGCAGGCUGGGUUUGUCCUCACUGUUAACCUGUCAACUCUGUCUGAGAUCAACCUCCUCCCUUAUGCAGGCCACACCCCCUCCCAUUGUUACUGUGUGUAUGAUCACAUUUUGAACAAUGGCUUCCUAAAAUGCAGUGGUGCUUACUAACCCACUAGGAAAGGUUCUGGUAGAUGUGGACCAUCACAUGUGAGGUCACAGCUCUUUCACUCUAAACAUUCAUAUCAAUGACUCACCCUCAAAUGGACCAUCAAUACCAGAGUUCUCCAAUACUAUUUACAUAAUCAACUGGGCAUUACAACAGUCUGACCCUCUAUAUAGUCCUGGGUGUAUAUUGAGCUCUAACAAUGGGUCGUGGAAAAGGUCUGUGUUGUGGAAUGAUCAGAAUUAGUUGGGUAACAUAGAUAAGAUGUUUUAUUUUCAUGAUAUGCUUAUGAGUUAUUUCUCAUAAGAAUGUAUUUUGUUGUACUAUAGUGGUGGCCAUUGGCAGUUAUCUGUUCUAUGUCAGGACUAAGUUGCAUGGGCCGCAGAGAGGGGAGAGGUCAAGGGGUCAUCAUGUGUAAACAUAUAUUUUCUGUGUGCCAGUGACUCCCUACUUUUCUCAUCGGGGAAAGGAGGGUGACAGUGUCUGGAAUCAUUCUAUGCUCCCUCUUUGUUGACCUAUAGGGUCACUCUCCUCUCCGUGAGUUUGUCCUCUGAUUGGUUGUAUUUAGAAUUGGUUCUAUCUAAAUGACAAUUUGAUAUAUAUCAUAGGGUGGGGGUAAUGUCUUGGUACAAUUUUGUACCAAGGACGAGAUAAGAGCUUUGUUUAGGAGACCAAACUGAACGAUCAUUUAUAGCCCACUGUCUGACUAGGGGAUAUUCUCUCUGAAGUAAGGUUUUUUCUUUGUGUAAGUUCCUAAGACCUGUGUUUUGUCAUGUCGUCUAGGAAGGGGGGGAUCUUUGCUAUAAAGGAUCCCAUUUGCCAUUAUGUAGAGCACUCUCAACUUUUCAGUAGAGAUACUGAAGUGUUGAAAUUCAAAAUGCUAUUGCAAAAGCUUAAUUAUUAUUAAAGGUGAAGAUUAAGCAUAA